UCUCUCUCUCUCUCUCUCUCUCUCUCUCUCUAACUUGUCCACUACUCUUUCUCUCUCUCUCUCUUGUCCAUUUUUCACAGCAAGUGCCGAUCUCUUCUUGCCCUAAUUUCCUUAUUUUCUUGCCCUAAUUUGUUAUGCAAUUCCCUAAAUCUUGCCCUAGUUUCUUCCACUCCUGGUCUAAGCUCCGAUGUUCAUGAGUUUAUAGGGUUUCCUUUGUUUCUUACAGAGAAGAAAGAGAAAUUUAAUUGCAGGAUAUGCAGAAGACUGCUCAAGCCUGGUUCAUGGGUGGACCCAGUGGGAGUGAUCAGCAAAAGCCUUCUUCCUUGUUAGCUGACUGGAAUUCAUAUGCAGCUUCUAGAUCAGCUGAGGAAGAUGCUUCCUCUGGUAUGGGGUUUGAUCUUGAGGCAGCAGUUCCUGGAUCAUUCGCGCCAUUGUUGAAGACUGCAAAUGAGAGGGUCACAGGAACGUUUAAUGUGGUUUCAAAAGGGGUGAGGGACUUGCCCGGUAACUUGCAAUCUGCUACUAGCUCUGUGCCUUCUGGGAAAUCCCUGAUGUAUUUUGGGCUGUUUUUGGCAACGGGUGUUUUCUUUGUCUUCAUCGCUUUCACCAUGUUCCUCCCUGUCAUGGUGUUGGUGCCUCAAAAAUUUGCAAUAUGCUUUACCCUUGGCUGUGCCUUCAUUAUCGGAUCAUUCUUUGCCCUAAAAGGCCCAAGAAAUCAGCUGGCUCACAUGUCUUCAAGAGAGAGGCUUCCAUUCACGCUGGGAUUCAUUGGCAGCAUGGCUGGCACUAUCUAUGUUUCAAUGGUUCUUCACAGUUACAUCCUUUCUGUGCUCUUCUCGGCUCUACAGGUUUUGGCUCUUGGAUAUUAUGCUAUCUCAUACUUCCCUGGAGGAUCUGCUGGAUUAAAGUUCCUUUCAUCGACCAUUACAUCUUCAAUACUUAGGUGCUUUGGCAGGUGAUUUUGAUGACCCAUCUUCUCUCCAGCUUUUGCCUCGGAUGUGUAAUAUAAAUUUUGUCAGCUGGGAUUUUAAAAUGCUUGGAAACAUAGUAGAAUAUUUCUGCAGGAAGCAGAUUCGUCCACCCAUUGUUGGUUUUCUAGCUUAAUCUGGAGUCGUUCUCUCUCAUCCACCCUAUGUUACUGUUCUAGCAUGAUAUCGAUUCUCCCUGGUCUUUCUGGAUUGUUGUCACUAGUCGGCCUUUCUCUCCUCUUCUUUCUGGAACAAGGCUUCUCACCCAUUUAGGGAAAAUGGUUCUGUAAGCAGUCUACUGCAAAGCCAGCUCAUCUGAAUCAUCCAUUUUGAUCAAGCGGUGUGGCUUUCAUCCAGUGCUCGACUGCGUGCCUCACUCCGCAUAUUGUGUGCUUGGAAGGUCCAGAUUUGCUGGCCUAUGUGAAGCCACGCAAUAAGCCCAGCUUGUGUAGUCAUUGCCCCUUAUCUUAAGUCUUCUUGCACUAGUGUAGUUUAAUGAUUUGGCUCAUAUGGGUUCAUUGAGCUCCACACAUGUUUAUGUGAGUGUUUAAAUUUGGUGCCGACUCAAGCACUCGCCUGGGCGAGUCAGCUUGCUGAUUCCAGGUGAGUCGGUCCUAAAUGGUCAGAAAAAGGGAAAAAAGAAGAAGAAAUCACUCAACGAAUCGCCCAAGUCCCUACAGUGUGUAGGCCAUUUAAUCCAGGACAACCCUGGGCAAUUCCUUGCUUGGGGAUCCCGCAUUCCACGUAAUAAGCCUGGCAUAUAUGGUCAUCUUACCCAUCUUAGGAGUUCUUGCAAGGUAUUAGUUUAAUGAUUUGGUUUAUUUGGGUUUAUUUAGCUCUACAUAUGUUUAUAUGAGUGCUUGUAUUGGGUGCCUACUCAGGCACUUGCCUGGGUGAGUCGGCUUUGCCGACCCCAACUCUAAGUUGGUUCCAGGUGAUUCGGUCCUAAAUUGGUGGAAAAAAGGACGAAAGCAAAGAAGGAACUGCAUGGGACUCGUGAAUGUGUACUGAUCGGCCAGUCCUGUAUAACCCCGGGCGAUUUGGAAAGCCCUUUGGUCCGAGCCAACUCGGAUGAUUCCAAACAGGCUUGCCUAUUCUUCAAUCACUUAUCUAUAAUUGGGGUCUACUAAAUAUCGCCUUGUUUGUUUUUAGAUUGUGGGAAAUUGCCACUUGCAUUUGGUUACAAGGGCUGACUCGACAGAUAUAUGGAUUUCCGCAUUGAAUAGAUAUUUCACGGUUUGGGACUUUAGUUGUAGGGCCGUUCCCCUCUACUACAGCUUGAGCAAUAUAUAAUUUAG